UCGAAAUAAUGUUAUUGUGGUUCUAAUACAAAAAUAAAUGUUAUUUAUUUAAAAAAUAGAUACAGAAAAUAUAUAUUUAAUUACAGUUUACAUAUUUAUUUUUAGCUGCUCAUUUUUAUAAGAUUAUUAAUAUCAAUCCAGAACGAAUCUGUCUUCAAAUAGGUAUUCCUUGAACAAGUAGAUUGCAAAUCAAUGAUUUGUUAUAGUAUUUUUUUGUCGAAUGAUGCCAAGACACAGCGUCUGUUUAAAAUUGGAACUGUGCCAAACGUUUCUAUACAUAACUUUAGCUUCCAUGUAUACCUAUAUUGCUCGUAGCUACCAUGAAAAUAAACAUCUAUGAAUAAAUUCACACGGUUUAUACGCAUUCGAGUUAACGUUUCAGAUUCAGCACCUUUCAUUCUCCUUUUCGAAUCCUAUUACUAGGUUGUACCCAUUCUAAUAUUUUAAGAGAUAUAUGAUAAAGCAAACUGGCGCAUCAAUUUUGGAUAUCCUACCAUCCGCCAACAGGUAGUAUCUAAUUAAUAACUAUUUCGUAUUUAUGUAUUUACAUCUAUUAAGCUGUUAAAUUUUGUUUUUAUAAGGCGCAAAACACACCUCAAGUGGCGAUGAAACGCCGCCUAUUCCAGAAGAAGAAUUGGAACAGCAGAAAAUUGAACAUGAACGGCAAGUUCAAAAGGAAAAGGAAUGCCAAGCUAGAGAAGCAGAAGAGGUCCGUAAACUCGACAUGGAACUUCUGCACCAACGGGCCAUUGAAGCGGAAGAGGAACAGAAAAGAGAGAUAGCUGAAGCUGUCGAAGACCUCCGAGGUAUGAACACCUCUUGGUCCCAUCACAGAUUGUGUGACCUCCAGCGGCAAGCAGCAAGACUCCGUCACAGCCGACCCUCUAUUCCUGAUACCACUAAUAAUUACAGGAGUGUCUUGAAAAAAGCAUGUAGCGCACAAUUUGCGAAACCACAGUCCAGUCAAAGCAUUAGCGAAGGAGAUGGUAUAUUCAUCAAUCUCUCUCGCCUAGGGCCCUGCCGAGAUCAAUCAAUAGAUAGUGAUUGUUGUGAGAAUCCAGGUUGUACUGCUAGCACAGAAACACGCACGUGGAGAGCUUCUACUAGUGACGUAAAUCCUCGCAGAAGAAUAGAUUUCGUGAGAGCUCCUUCAUGUCCAGGAUGUCGUGCUCCAAUUGCCUCGCUGGAUUGUAUGGACGAUUUUAGUGCGAAUUCACAACAAAUGCUGGAUCAAGCCGGAGAAGUAACUGUAACUCGUCACAUGUCGACUUAUAUGGGAAACCACACAGCGAUGCCGUCAGCGGUAACUCCUGGCUUGCGUUACAAGAACCUUGGAAAAUCCGGUCUAAGAGUGCCUAACAUCGGCUUAGGAUUGUGGACAAUGCUUAGUGAAGAAAGUAUCGAGGAUGUGGUAAUGACCGCUCUGGAAAACGGCAUCAACCUGUUCGACCUCUCUGAGGCUCAUUGCGCUGGCUUUGCUUUAACAGCUAAAGGCGAGGCGGAGCUGGGGAGGAUUCUUAAAAAACGAAAUGUUAGGAGGACCAGCAUCAUAAUUACCACAAAAAUAUAUUGGAGUACAAAGUUUCAUACUAAUAACAGGUCGGAUGAAAGAGGCUUAUCUCGUAAACAUGUAAUAGAAAGUGUUAAGGCUUCACUUGGUCGACUUCAAGUGGAAUAUAUUGAUGUUGUUCUCCUUCAUAAAGUCGAUCCUGUAUGCCCCAUGGAAGAAUUGGUACGUGUCAUGAAUUACGUCAUAAAUGAAGGAUGGGUUAUGUAUUGGGGAACGGCGCGCUGGUCACCUUCUGAGAUAAUGGACGCGUAUACAAACUGUAGACAGUUCAAUUGCAUAACGCCCAUAGUGGAGCAAACUGAGUACCACAUGUUUUGUAGGGAAAAACCUGAAUUGUACAUGCCUGAACUGUACCAUAAAAUUGGAGUCGGUAUGAUGGUGUGGUCAGCCAUUACGACAGGUAAAGGUUUGGGUCGCGAGGAGAUAACUGGCUUGUUCGCCAAAUCGCGCUUCAACAGAAAAUACAGUACAUUCAGCUGGUGCGAAGAGGAUUUAGCGGUACCUGAAAUGAGAAGUUCUGGAAGCAAAGAGCAAGUGACCGGUGAAGAACCAAGAACGUAUGGCGAUAAAUUACGCGACCUGGCUAAUUUAGCUAACUCUCUUAAUUGCUCGAUGAGUCAGCUUGCGGUGGCUUGGUGUUUGAAAAACGAAUCUGUCAAUUGCCUGCUCCUUGGAGCCACCAGUGUGGAACAGUUUAAAGAAAACAUACACGCAUUACAGAUUGUUCCCCAGCUGACCCCGUCAGUGAUGGUCGAAAUAGAACGUUUGUUGGCCAACAAGCCUCAGCGUCCACCGAUGGUGUCAACCCUUGCAAUGCGUAACCAACAAAACAACAACACCGUCCGAGUUGACAUGACGGGAGCAACAACGUCAGGCGCUGGAUCUCCGAAGCCCGAGGAGGUGGCGUGCGAAGGUGAAGCCUCCACACCCGCAAAGGAGUCCGGGCGGGCCUUUUGUGAUAUUCAGUGACCGUGGUGGCGCGGAAGCACUGACUCUGCUUCCAAAUCUAAUAAAUCAAAGGAAUCAGUCAAGGAUUCGAAGCCGAAAUACUUUUUGAACAACGCCGGCGAAGUCAUCAAACGUACAGAACAAGACGGUGUAUCGACAGACGUGGUUAUCUCGGUGUCGUCGAUAAAAGGUAAGCAACCAGCGAGUGGUGGGAGUAAAGUGAAGAAGUCCAAAGCGGAACCGGUCCGUCCUAGGUCUGCUUCACUGCAAAGAUCUUCUUCGGGACAAAUAUCAGCAACCCGAGACCGAAGAAGAUCCAGACUAGACCUCUCCUCGCCAGCGGACGUAUAAACUGUUCACUAAUGCAAUCAAAAUAAGGACUAAUUUAUACAAGUUUUAGGGACGAACGAAGAACGCGACAUCAAGUUUUUCGAAUAUCUCUCCCGUUCUCGAUUGUUGUCUGAUCAUAAUCCUUUUCGAGUACCUUAUUUGUAUAUUAGUCCUAUGAAUGGGAUUGUAUCUAGCCUGUAGCCUUGUCAAAUUUAACGUAAUUACAUCGUUUUAAAACCAAACUAAAUAAGAAAACCAAUAUAAACACA